CGGGGGCGUGCCCCGCGCGCGCGGCGGAGCGGCGCGAGCGCCCGCCUCCCCCCGGUGCCGCCAUGAGGCGCGGCGAGCGGCGGGGCCCCGGCGCGGCCCUGGGCAAGGCCGCCCUGGAGGAGCAGCCGCCCCCGCAGCCCAACGGCGGCGCCAACCCCGCCGACGCGGUGGGAGAGCGGCCCCCGCCGCCCGGCGCCGAGAGGGACGGCCCCGGCCUGCGCCGCAGCACCGAGUCCGAGGUCUACGACGACGGCACCAACACCUUCUUCUGGAGAGCUCAUACCUUGACAGUCUUGUUCAUCCUCACCUGUGCGCUGGGCUACGUAACCUUGCUUGAAGAAACACCACAAGAUACAGCCUACAAUACAAAGAGAGGUAUCGUUGCCAGUAUCCUGGUUUUCUUAUGUUUUGGAGUUACACAAGCUAAAGAUGGACCAUUUUCAAGACCUCAUCCAGCUUACUGGAGAUUUUGGCUGUGUGUCAGCGUUGUGUAUGAGCUCUUCCUCAUCUUCAUACUCUUUCAGACUGUGCAGGACGGCAGGCAGUUCAUGAAGUACAUCGACCCACAUCUAGGUGUUCCUUUGCCGGAAAGAGACUACGGUGGCAACUGCCUUAUUUAUGAUCCUGGCAAUGAAACGGAUCCAUUUCACAACAUCUGGGACAAACUGGAUGGAUUUGUUCCUGCUCACUUUUUUGGCUGGUACCUGAAAACUUUGAUGAUUCGAGACUGGUGGAUGUGUAUGAUCAUCAGUGUAAUGUUUGAGUUCCUGGAGUACAGCCUGGAGCACCAGCUUCCGAACUUCAGCGAAUGUUGGUGGGAUCACUGGAUAAUGGACGUGAUCCUGUGUAAUGGAUUAGGAAUUUACUGUGGGAUGAAGACUCUGUCUUGGCUCUCUUUGAAGACAUACAAAUGGCAAGGGCUGUGGAACAUUCCUACGUACAAAGGUAAAAUGAAGAGAAUUGUCUUCCAGUUCACCCCGUAUAGCUGGGUCAAAUUUGAGUGGAAGCCAGCAUCCAGCUUACGCAGAUGGCUAGCAGUUUGCGGCAUCAUCUUUGUAUUUUUAUUGGCAGAGCUGAACACAUUUUACUUGAAGUUUGUCCUUUGGAUGCCACCAGAACACUACUUGGUCCUGUUACGACUUGUCUUUUUUGUCAAUGUGGGAGGUGUGGCUAUGAGGGAGAUCUACGACUUCAUGGACGACCCGAAGUUCCAUAAGAAGUUGGGUCAGCAGGCAUGGCUGGUGGCUGCUAUUACUGCCACGGAGUUUCUGAUAGUCGUGAAGUACGAUCCCUAUACGCUCACGCUCUCUCUUCCUUUCUACAUUACCCAGUGCUGGAUCCUGGGAAUCAUACUCGUGCUCACCUGGACAGCCUGGCGCUUCUUCAUCCGUGACAUCACUCUGCGGUAUAAGGAGAUAAGGCGACAGAAGCAAGAACACAAAUACGAAAAGGACAAAUGCUUGAGCAAUGGUGAUGGACACUCGUCAAUGCUGGAGGAACAAAAUGGGAACAAACUAAGGGAGAGGAAACUUUGAGCAACAGACAAAGGGCUAAAAGGAACUCGUAGUGCUCAAGGUGGCCUGGUGGACAGUUUCAACCUUAUCCUACCUAACGUGUAAUUGUCAUUGUUAGCUUUCCAGUGUGUGAAAAUCCUCUCGGGGAAGAGAUGUCCCUUUGGCGUACACACCCUUUCUCCUCACGUGCACCGGGGCAGGGUCGGAGAGAGUCUGUGCAGAGGGAAGUCAGACCCAACAGCGGUGCGACGAGGUGGGAUCUCCGUUCCAGCGUGUUGUAUGCCUUCCUUCAGAACAAGGGCUGGAGACAAGGGGCUCUAAAACAAAGCGCAAAGGGAAUCUAGCUGAUUAUUUCCAGUAAACUGUGAGGUUUCGAUGUCGACGUUUGGGCAUUAGGAACACUUGUUUGGGAGUGUACAGGUACCAGACACAGGAAAUGAAUUCUUUUUUUUUUUUUUUUUUCCUGCUGAACCUACCUUGAGCUGUGGAGUAAGAUUGUUUAAAGUGUGUGGCCACCGAUUAACAGGACUGCAGUGAGACAAACGUAGAUAAACCGAAGCUUGUGAACAAGUUGCGUAACUUGCACAGAAUGUACUACAGAACACUACUGUUACAGCCCCUCUACCGCGGGGGCUGCCGCCUUUCGCUAAACUGACUUCUGACAUCCUGCAAUAGCCUACAGUAGCUUUGUGUUGUGUCACAGCUCUAGGGAGACAGACAGCUUCUCCUUAGUUCCUUUCUCUUUUUUUUUUUUUCCUUUAAUUUCUCUUUUAGUCUUGGUCAUCUCUUAAAUGUAAGGGAAGGCGAAAUAAGAAAGGUCAGCCUGCCUUUCCUUCGCUUCGUGGAGUAAAAUGUAUUACAAGCAGAAAGCUGGGAGCUGCUCCAUCAGUCUUAAGUUAUUUGCCUUAUUCUCAGCUCUUUUACGUCGCUUACCAAGAGCGGUUCGUUCUUGGUGUCUGCAGGACGGGACGCGUCCGGCUCUGCCCCGUUCCUCCCAAGGCAGCUCCCGACUGAGCGACCCCCGGAGCGGGGCUGGGAGCCGCGUUCUCUGUGCUCACGCACAAAACAGCUGUUACCGGCCCUGCCCAAACAGCAAACCCGGGCAAAGCGCGUGGUUCUCCCCCAGCGCGGCGCACGGCGGAGGUCUGCCGGCCAGGCUAGACAGCGCUUUUACUGGUGACUCAGCAGCUAGCAAAAGAAAUUGGAAACCUGGGCUGCGUUUUUUUUAUUUGUUUUCCAGGUCAUUAUUCCAAAAUGUAAGUGCUGCACUAAGCAUCAGUUGUGUAACCUCUGCUCUAAGCCUUUGCACGGGCAUCAGAGGCACUGACGUAACCAGGUCACUUUUUCAACACUGGGCUCUAAUCUGGCUGAUAAAGGGUGUUUUUCAGGGAAGCGUGUAUCCGAAAGAAAAUGACAUAAACGCCACCAGUAAAACUUCACCAGUGCAACCCCAAACUCUUUAACUGGCAGGAGACUUGCGGAGCUGCAGGCUAGCAGGCAUCCACAUUUUUGAUCCGUCUUGGUCUUGUACAUGAACGACAACCAAAAUCUGCAUUUCUCCCGUGUUUAAGGAGUGACCCAAAUACUUCCCCCCGCUAAAGAAUGGGCAUGUAGCAGUAGGGCAGUCUUAAUCGAUGCAUUAAUGGGGCGCUCUGGUUGCAGCUGAAGAGCUCAGCAGCGGAGGCGGAGUCGCUGUGCCGGGGCUGCCCCGUUGCUUGGCGUGCGGGGAGGAGGGUGACCGGCGGGAGAGCGUGUCCCUGGCGCUGUGCGCGGGCGCCCAACGCUGCUCUGACACGGUGGUGUUUGCUGCGGCGGGGCGGUGAGGAGGCCAGGCUGUGUAAUUAGAUGUGAUGAGUUUGUCAGUGGGCAGAGCGCUGAGCUGAGCAAGUAUUUAUUUCUGUGCCUGUCCACCCGGAGUCGUUCUGGUUCCAUCUUUAGGCCAGCCUUGGGAGCUGUAGCUGUUGGGUCGCUCGUGCCCCUGUGCUGUGCUUGUGUCGUCCCCCCUGAGCCACGCUCAGGCCCGUCUGUCCCCGUGCUGUUGUGUGGAUUAACACUGUGCCCCCCCGCCCGCCCCUAUCCCUUGGCAAUACAGCCCCCAGGUCUGCCCCACGGCUUGGGGGCAGCAGGUGCCCCCAGGGGGCAUCGGCUCUGUCCCCCCCCAGCACCCCUCCCCGCCAAAGACCCCCUCGGGUACAUUUGGAAGAGCUGCUGAGGAAUGGCAGUGCCCUGCUCGUUCUGGAGCUUGGACCUGGUACACAAAACACUGACUUGUUUGUCUGCGUCCGUCUGAACGGCUUUUAUGGUUAGUCUGGGUAACUGAACCGGUGUAAUAAAGCGAUGUGUGCUGGUGUGUUCUUUGGUACAA